ACAAAAGGGGAACUGCUCAGAACUUGAAAAAAAAAAAAAAAAGGAAAGAGAAAGAAACUGAGAAAGAAACUCUGCCGAAGAUCAGAGAGAGAGAGAGAGAGAGAUGAGCCGGGGGACUUAAAUAGGGAAGAGAGGAGGGAGAAAGAGAAGAUGGGGAUGGCGGCGUUGCAGUUGCAGGAGCAGGGAAAGGUGUAAUUGUGGGGUGGUGGGGCGUUUAAUUGUUCGUAUUAAUGCACAGACACGCUGCGAUACGAGAAGAAGAAGAAAGCGGAGGAGGAGGAGGAGCGAAUUGAAAGACUGUGGGACGCCUGACCUUAGCCAACAAGCAGCUUCAAUUUUAUCCUCUUCCCCGCCCCAAAAUCCAACCACAUCAUCCCCAUCAAUUAGCUGCCCAGCACGCUCUUUGAGAAUACUUACUUAAAACAAAACCCGAGAGACCCCCACUUACUACAGACUCAUACCUUCGCCAGAACCCGAGAAUUAAUUCAACCAAUAGUUACCCCUCCGCCUGGGCUUUCCCUUUUUCUUCCCUGCUUGCCCUACACUGUACCCUCAAAGAUCGAGCUGUCACUGAUAUGGAUUAUCGGCCACAAUUGAGGUCUAGGUCAGGCAUAGAGGUCGCGAAGCAAUGGCGGGUUUAUUCUCACUAGGCGGCGGAGGGGGUAGGGAAGGAGGGAGCAACCAGGAGGACCAGCCCCACCACGGCAACCCACCCACGGGAGUUCCUCACCCGGACGCCUUAUUUUGGUACAAGAACAAUGAAGACGUGCCUUGUUACAGAGGCUUCGAGCUCUGGAACCAGCAGCAGCAUGUCAUGCCGCCUCAGGCCAGGCCGCUUCUCCCCCAAGAUCUUUACUCCCUAGGGGUGGGGCCCAGCAGCAGGAGCUCCGAUGACCAGUCCUCGUCGAGAUCGGGCGUCAUGAUGAUGCGUUCAGCCGGGACGAGCGGUGGCGGAAUAAGCUGCCAGGACUGCGGGAACCAGGCCAAGAAGGACUGCCCGCACAUGCGGUGCAGGACUUGCUGCAAGAGCCGAGGCUACGACUGCGAGACCCAUGUCAAGAGCACUUGGGUUCCCGCUGCUAAGCGUCGCGAGCGCCAGCAGCAGCAACUGCAGCACCAGCUUGAGCUUCGAGGGGACAACAAUCCCAAGAGGCUGAGAGAUACUUCUAAUAAUAACCCCAGCACUUCUGCUCAUGUCCAAAUGCCCACCCACUCCUCCUCAGCAGAGGGGUUAGAGCUUGGGAAUUUUCCAGCAGUGUUCAGUUCUUCGGCGGAGUUCCGGUGCGUGCGGGUUAGCUCGAUGGACGAGGCCGAGGAGCAAUACGCGUACCAGACGGCCGUGAACAUCGGAGGCCAUGUAUUCAGAGGAAUUCUCUAUGACCAAGGCCCCGAUCCCAGUUACAUCUCCACCGCUGAUACUUCUCCCGGCGGAGCCGUUCAGCCCCUCAACCUCAUCGCUGCCACCGGCGCUUCCGCUCUUCCCGCUGCCGCGACAAGCGGUGGUGCCGCCGGGGCUUCCUCCACUGGCCCACUCCUCGAUCCUUCCAUGUACGCGGCGCCACUAAACCCUUUCAUGUCUGGCAGUGGUACGCAGUUCUUUCCUCAUCCAAGAUCUUGAAAAACCCAAAUAAAAUAAAGAUAGAUUACCAACUUUGUCUUUCAAGCUUCGAACAACUAAUAUCAUACCAUUAUUGUAGUGGUAAAUUUCAUAACCAUUCAAGUAGGGGACAAAGAAAGAAUGAAAGAAAGAGAAAAUGCGGACGAUGGUUGCUCCAUAUUUGAUUUUAUGCAAAUUUCAAUGUCUGUUCAUUUUAAAAUGAUAUUCCUCUUCUCCUUCUCGACACCUAUGUGUAUGACUACGACGUGGUGGAUUUCUAGUUCUGAAUUCUAACGUGGUAGCACAACGCGACUACAAUAUUUUA